AUGGAGGUGAGAGGAGGUUCAGGAGGGUGCAGCGCCGGUGAGGUUUCCUUCCAGGUGCUGGUGGUGCCCCUCCUCGCCAGCGACGACUACGAGGAUCAACUUGAGGAGCCGUUGCUUGGCGGAAACGACUAUGAGGAUCAGCCUGAGGAGGAGCAGCUCCACCUCCGCCUCCAAGGAGAAGGGCAGUUGGAGGACUGCUGCCGCUCCCAACUGCUGCUCGAAGGUGGCGGUGAGGACGCCUUCCCUCUUCGGCGGGCCGCCCCCAAUAGCACAUCCCAGCUCGCCAUCGUCGGAUCCAAUGUCUGCCCCAUCGAGAGCCUCGACUAUGAGUACACUCUCCCCUCCCCCAAAACACGCGCGCGCGAACACUCUCUCUCCGCUGUGUCUUCACGUCUUUCUCUGUCGAUCUCUCAUCGGCAGUAAUAGCGAGAGUAGUUUCGAUCAAAUGAAAGAAUUAAUGAUGGUGAUUUAGCGUGAGAAGGAAGAUCUCCCUCUCUCUAUCUCUCUGCUCAUAUAUCUACAUGUCUGUGCGUGUAACGCGCCGUGUAUUUGGCGGAAGCAGUGGUAGGAACUGAUAUAUGAUCGUAGAGAAUUAACUGCUGUUUGCUCUGUCGUUGCGCAGGAUCAUAGAAAACGAUAGCUUAUUCAAGCUGGAGCAGGAUUGGAGGGGGCGGGGAAGGGGGCAGAUCUUCCAGUACGUCCUCCUGAAGUGGACGCUGUGCUUCCUACUUGGCCUCACCGCCGGCGCUGUUGGCUUCUUCAAUAAUCUCGCCGUCGAGAACAUUGCUGGUGUCAAGUUUGUCAUCACCUCAAACCUCAUGCUCUCUCGCCAGUCAGUAUCACCUCCCUCCCUCUCUCUCUCUCUCUCUCUCUCUCUCUCUCUCUCUCUCUCUCUCUCUCUCUCUCUCCCUCCACGAUGUGGGGUAAUAGUUGGCGCUGUGGUCGUUGCAGGUAUGGCUUGGCCUUUGCAAUAUUUGCUGUUGCCAAUUUCGUCCUCCUGAUGACCUCCUGUGUUAUCACUGCUUUCAUUGCCCCUGCGGCAGGGGGAUCAGGUAUACCAGAAGUGAAGGCCUACUUAAAUGGGGUUGAUGCGCCAGAGAUCCUGUCAUUCAGAACACUCGUUGUCAAGGUUUUCUCUGCUGCUACCACUGAGGGGAUCCAUAUAUUUAUACUUGAUUCAGUAGGUCUAUAAUUAUGAUAUCCAUUUGAACGUCUGAUUUUUCAGAUUGUGAUGUACAUUUGAUUGCCAUUUUUGUAGCUCUUUUCGUUUUUCUAUUUUCUGUUGAAUUUCACUCCCACCAUUUCCAUGGAAAUGUUCCAAAAUGGGCGUUCCAUAUUAAUUGAUAAGUCAAACAAUACUUUCCUAGAUUGUCCUCGAUAUUCUGGCUUUCUUACUCUCUCAAUUGUUAAAUAAAGUAAGCGAUCCUUUUAGUUUGAGAAAUAUUUCCAAUCUAUUUUCUGAUUUAUGUGACAGAUUAUCGGCAGCAUCCUUGCGGUUUCUUCUUCACUGCACAUUGGAAAGGCAGGUCCCAUGAUUCAAACUGGUGCAUGUAUUGCGUCAUUGCUCAGUCAGGGUGGCUCCAAGAAGUACCACCUGACUUGCAAGUGGCUGCGGUACUUCAAGAACGACCGAGACCGGCGUGACCUUGUUACUUGUGGGUCAGCUGCUGGAGUUGCUGCUGCCUUCCGUGCACCAGUUGGUGGUGUCCUUUUUGCUCUUGAGGCAGUAUCCUCUUGGUACCCACUUCAACUUUAUUGUGCUGCUUUCUAUAUAUAGGCUAUUGUGCUCAGAUAAUCUCCUUAUGAAUAUUCUGUUGCCCUCCUGUUUCGUUCAUAUUUCUCUGAUGCUAUUCAAAUCAUCAACCGUCCCUGAAAUUUUACAUCUUCAUCUGCUUUACAGGUGGAGAAGUGCACUCCUUUGGAGGGCAUUCUUCACUACGGCCGUGGUUGCUGUAGUCCUUCGGGCACUGAUUGAUGUGUGCAGAAGCGGCAAGUGUGGCCUGUUUGGAAAGGGUGGAUUGAUCAUGUUUGAAGUAACGUCAGAUAGUAUUGUCUAUCACCUUGUAGACCUACCUGCAGUCAUCUUUCUCGGAAUCUUUGGAGGCAUAUUGGGCAGUAUAUAUAACUAUCUUCUUCAUAAAGUCCUACGAAUCUACAAUCUCAUAAAUGAGUGAGUUAAUUUCCUUCAUUCAUUUCUGUAAAUGAAAUAAAUGAGUCCAUUUCAGUAUGAUUGCCAUUCUUUGUAGUAUCUGUUGGUUCCUGUUGCAUAUCACUUCAUCCGACUUUCUUUUUUUCAGGAAAGGAACAGCCUGCAAACUGCUCCUCGCUGGAACCCUUUCGUUGUUCACGUCAUGUUGCCUCUUCGGGCUACCAUGGCUUGCAUCUUGCAUGCCUUGUCCAGUUGGUGCGGAGGAAAUCUGCCCAUCAAUAGGAAGGUCUGGAAACUUUAAGAAGUAUCAGUGUGCCCCGGGCCAUUACAAUGACUUGGCGAGCUUAUUUUUCAACACAAACGACGACACUAUUAGAAACCUAUUCAGCUCCGGCACAGAUCACGAGUUCCAGCAUUUCUCAAUCCUUCUCUUCUUCAUCACCUCCUAUUUUCUCGGCAUCCUCAGCUAUGGCGUGGUAGCUCCUUCGGGCCUCUUCGUGCCGGUGAUAUUGACUGGUGCAACCUAUGGGCGAUAUGUCGGCAUGCUGAUGGGCUCCCGCUCGUCCCUUGAUCAUGGUCUCUUUGCUGUGCUCGGAGCUGCUUCUCUGCUCGGCGGAUCGAUGAGGAUGACAGUCUCCGUCUGUGUCAUCAUCCUGGAACUGACCAACAAUCUGCUGCUGCUUCCACUGGUCAUGCUGGUUCUGCUCAUAUCCAAGACCGUGGCCGACUCCUUCAACCCCAACAUCUACGAUCUCAUUGUGAGGUUGAAGGGGCUUCCUUAUCUUGAAGAUCACGCAGAGCCCUAUAUGAGACAGCUUACAGUCAAUGAUGUGGUCAGUGGCCCACUGCAAUACUUCAGUGGGGUGGAGAAGGUGAGCAAUGUAGUUCACGUCCUGAGGGCAACUGGGCACCACGCAUUUCCCGUUAUAGACGACUCCCCUCUCACAGACUCGUCUGUUCUGUACGGUCUGAUCCUCCGGUCGCACCUCCUCGUGCUCCUGAAGAGGAAGGCCUUCUCUGAAACCUGCUCCCCCACCGGCGCCACUGCCCUGAAAGACUUCUCGUCUGAUGACUUUGCCAAGCGCGGCUCAGGUAGGUGUGACAGGAUAGAAGACAUCGAGCUGACUCCAGAAGAGAUGGAGAUGUUCAUCGAUCUUCAUCCGUUUACCAACACCUCACCCUACACUGUUGUGGAGACCAUGUCUUUGGCGAAGGCCCUCAUCCUCUUCCGUCAGGUCGGCCUGAGGCAUCUUCUGGUUGUGCCCAGGUCCUCCUCUGUAAGUAGCCCCCCCUCUCCGCUGCCUGCUCACACCAUAGAAAUUCAAAAUCUGGAUAUUUCUUUCUUACUUUAGUAGUCUCGUUUUUGACUCGCAGAGAUCACCGGUUGUGGGAAUACUGACGAGGCAUGAUUUCAUGCCCGAGCAUAUCUUGGGGCUGCACCCUUAUCUGGCGAACAACAGCUGGAGGAGGCUGAGAUUUAGACGCACACCCUUGGUCAAAGUGCUCAAGGAUUGGCUGCUGGACUUCACCCGCCGGAGAUGA